AUGGAAAAAGUUCGUGCCUUAUCGGUCACUAAUCAAAUAUUCAAACCUCGACCAAAUCCAGCACAUGACUUGAAAAAGAUGGCAGGAAUUGAUAAACCAAGGAACAGUGAAACACCUACUAUUGUUAUGUUCCUAAAGCUUGCUGUUUGGCUGUACUGCAAAGUUGAGAGACCUAGUGCCACAAUAAGGCCCCACAUGAAGCAAAGUAUUGAAGCAGCCAAGGCCUGGGGUAUUGAUGCAAGAAUGGCACCCACUUUUCCUAUCAAUGAGAGGUAA